AUGAGUCCUUGCUUGUUAACCGAUAACGAAUUGAUGUGUUCCGAUACAUUGAUGCACUCAUUUCUAUUUCUUGAUUUAUCAACCAUGAUUGCUUCAUGCUCUCUAGUUUCCAAACAAUUCAAUCGAGUGGCAAAGAGCAAUCCAAUAUGGCAAAUAUUAUAUGACAAGUGGAUGUUUGAUAAUAUGAAUGAAUUUUACUGGACUUUUAAUCAUGAGGAAUUUAUUAAUUGUUUUAAAUUAUCAAGUGAUCAGGAAAAUCGGGAAAAUCUAGAAGAUUGGACUGAACCAAAUGACAUGGGCCCUUUUUAUUGGUUUCGUAAAUGUAUGGAAAUAUUAGAAUGUUUGCCAAGAUUGGAUUUGAAAGAUGAGGAAGGUGAAUAUGAAACAUUUUACUACCAACUGAAUAAUCGUAAUGCAGCAACUGAAUCCCACUUAAAGUUGGCUACCAUUUUGGCAAUAAUUUAUGGUGACUAUUCUUUUUCACUUCUUUCAGAUUCUGUUGUGAUUGCAUUGAGAGGUUAUUUGACAGAGAGUGAACAGGAGAUUGUUUGUCCUCUUGCGACCUUUUGCAUUAUGAUUUUGAAAUCGUCCUAUCUGGAUUGCUUGGAACUACGAGAAACAGAGAAUACUAAUCUUUGUGUGGCUCCAUUUGUGAGUGGAAUGUGGAUGAAUGGAUUGAUUGAUGUUAAGGAAUGUUGUUUCUUCAAUGUUAUGGACGCAUGUGGCUAUUAUAAUCCAUUAAAUGGAGAGCUUUCCUAUACAAAUGAAUCAGAUGAAGGAGGAUUUUCAUGGUGUCCCAGAUUCUUCAAUGCAGGUGGUAGAUAUUAUAUCAACACGAUUUGUGCAUCCAAUAUUGGACCUAGUUCUAUUAAAGUGGAGAAAUCAGAACGUUUCGACUAUUACUAG